CCAGGAGGCAUUACAGUGUUAACGGCAUGGAGUGCGCGACACACGGCGCGAUGGCUCAGGAAGGCGAGAGCUGGCGGCGACGCUGCGGCUGUCUCCGAACAAGUGACAAGCUGAAGCGGAUGUUGGACUGCUUCCCGCCCCCGCCGCCGCCUACACCGGAGUACUCUAAAGGAAUUAACUCUGUAAAGCAGGAUUUAUAUUUGGCCGAUUUAAGACGAGCGAAUGGUCAUCCCCGCUGUCGAAAUAUUGAAGUAAAACUACUCCCCGAGUCAAACGAACGACUAGAAUGCGUUACAAAAAUUCUAGGGAAUACCUGCAUCUCCGCCUUCUGCACCAGCCCUCACUUCCCCACGAACUUCCAAACUUCAGAACCCAAAAAACCAGUGAAGCUAGCUCUAGAAACUCAGGAGGAUUUGGAAACGGAAAAAGCUUUAAAAAAAGCUAGAACAUGGCACGUGAUGAGCGAGCUGGUGCAUCUGAUCCAGAUAUCCGUGACGGCCACCGCGCUGGCGCUGUACUACCUCAUCUACUGCUACAUGCAGCUCGUGUACUACACCUUGCGGAGCGCCCUCUACGUGCACAAUGCAGAUGGACCCAUGAAGGUUACAAUAGCGGUCGUAACAGUGACGUCUCUCGUAGUUGCCUUCAAUGUUUUACUGAAAAUUGAGAAGAUAAUAGGUGUUUCAUAAUUAUUAUUUUAGAAACAUUGAAAAUUAACAAAAUAAAUGGUACCCGAAUUAUAUUUUAUUUGAAAUACUAAUUUGUUUAUUAAUAAAGAAAUAAAUCCAUAC